GGACUUCCGGUGUCUCCAACCAAUGAGGAGAUUCCACAUGCGGACACUGAACGCCGCAUCUGACGAACGCGAGAGCUGCAGCGGACAAACCCGAUUGGUGCCGAAGAGACGCGACACAGUCAUACAGACCGAGCGGGCGAAGGAAGCGGAGCUGCAACACAGCCACAUGUUUAAGCUAUCUAUCUGGACAGAAUUAUUGUGGAAUCCGCUGUUUUAAAAGAAGAGGAAGCCUUUACAAACAGCCAGCUGAGACUGCCAUGUUGAUAUGAAUUAUUCAUUUAAAGUCUCACAGGAAACCUAGCGCGGUACAGCCGGCGGAUUCAAGCGGAGCCAGCGGAACCCAACAGUUAACGUUAGCUAGCUUUAGCCUGUUAGCUCUCCGUUAGCUCAGGAGCCGCUAUUCCUUCCACUCUCACCCGGCACCUGCGAGCCGCACUGCCCCGUGUUACAGCUAAUCUAUCGGUAACCGUCAACACCGCGGGGUCCCGCUCUAGUAUUUCCAAGUAUUUUUUUUUUAGUUUUAAGUCCCUCGGUGACACGGUGACAGGUUGAGGCUGGGACCAGAUACAAGCGGUGUCCUCAAGUGGCCGUUCACCAGUUCACCAUGGACAACGGACACACAAAGACGGUAGAAGAAGUUUAUAGCUUCUUUAACGUGAAUGAAAGCACAGGCUUGAGUUCAGAGCAAGUGAAGAAACAACGGGAGCGACAUGGACCAAACGAAUUGCCAGCUGAGGAGGGUAAAUCCCUUUGGGAACUAGUGAUUGAGCAGUUUGAAGAUUUGCUUGUGAGGAUCCUUUUACUUGCUGCCAUCAUAUCCUUUGUGUUGGCCUGGUUUGAAGAGGGAGAAGAAACUGUUACAGCCUUUGUGGAGCCUUUUGUUAUCCUGCUUAUUCUCAUAGCAAAUGCCAUUGUAGGAGUCUGGCAGGAGCGAAAUGCAGAAAAUGCCAUUGAAGCGCUUAAAGAGUAUGAGCCAGAGAUGGGGAAGGUGUACCGCCAGGACAGGAAGAGUGUCCAGAGAAUCAAGGCCAGGGACAUUGUGCCUGGGGACAUUGUGGAAGUCGCAGUUGGUGAUAAAGUGCCUGCAGACAUCAGGCUGUCUUCCAUCAAGUCAACAACACUAAGGGUAGACCAGUCUAUUCUUACAGGAGAGUCUGUGUCUGUGAUCAAACACACUGACCCUGUGCCAGACCCCCGUGCUGUCAACCAGGACAAGAAGAACAUGCUCUUUUCUGGAACCAACAUUGCAGCUGGUAAGGCUGUUGGCGUGGUGGUGGCCACUGGUGGCAACACCGAGAUCGGCAAAAUCCGAGACGAGAUGGCAGCAACGGAGCAGGAGCGCACACCUCUGCAGCAGAAGCUAGAUGAGUUCGGACAGCAGCUGUCCAAGGUGAUUACACUGAUCUGCAUCGCUGUGUGGAUGAUCAAUAUCGGACACUUCAGUGAUCCCGUCCACGGAGGCUCCUGGAUCCGAGGAGCUGUCUACUACUUCAAGAUUGCCGUGGCUCUGGCUGUUGCUGCUAUCCCUGAGGGUCUGCCUGCUGUCAUCACUACUUGCCUGGCUCUAGGAACCCGGCGCAUGGCCAAGAAGAAUGCCAUUGUCCGCAGUUUGCCGUCUGUGGAGACCCUUGGCUGUACAUCUGUCAUCUGCUCCGACAAAACCGGCACGCUGACCACUAAUCAGAUGUCUGUGUGCAGGAUGUUUAUUGUUGAUCAGGCAGAAGCUGAUACCUGUUCAUUAAAGGAAUUCACUGUUACUGGCUCCACAUAUGCCCCAGAUGGAGAAGUCUUCCACGAUGGCAAACCAGUCAGAUGUUCCCAGUAUGAUGCUCUGGUGGAGCUGGCCUCUAUCUGUGCUCUCUGUAAUGAUUCAUCCUUGGACUAUAAUGAGGCCAAAGGUGUGUAUGAGAAAGUGGGCGAGGCCACCGAGACAGCCCUCACAUGCCUGGUGGAGAAGAUGAACGUGUUUGAUACAGAUGUUAAAGGCCUGACCAAGAUCGAGAGAGCCAACGCCUGUAAUUCUGUGAUCAAGCAGCUGAUGAAGAAAGAGUUUACACUGGAAUUUUCCAGAGACAGGAAGUCCAUGUCUGUGUACUGCACUGCUAACAAGGCCCGUUCCUCUGUUGGAAAGAUGUUUGUAAAGGGUGCCCCUGAGGGAGUGAUUGACAGAUGUACACACAUCCGUGUUGGCAGUAACAAGGUGCCCUUGACCCCUGGCAUCAAGGAAAGACUAAUGUCUGUGAUCAGGGAAUAUGGAACUGGCAGGGACACUCUACGCUGUCUGGCUCUCGCCACCCGGGACCACCGCAUGAGCAAAGACGAGCUGGCCUUGGAGGACUCCACCCGCUUUGUUGAAUAUGAGACUGAUCUGACAUUUGUUGGCUGUGUGGGCAUGCUGGAUCCUCCCAGGGCAGAGGUGGCAGCCUCUAUUAGACUCUGCCGCCUUGCAGGCAUCAGAGUAAUUAUGAUCACUGGAGACAACAAGGGGACGGCAGUGGCUAUCUGCAGACGUAUUGGUAUUUUUGGAGAGGACGAUGACGUGUCCAGCAUGGCGUACACUGGCCGAGAGUUCGAUGAUCUGUCUCCUGCUGUACAAAGAGAUGCUGUGGUCAAGGCGCGCUGCUUUGCCCGUGUCGAGCCUUCACAUAAAUCAAAGAUUGUUGAGUAUCUGCAGUCCCAUGAUGAGAUCACAGCUAUGACUGGUGAUGGAGUGAACGAUGCUCCUGCUCUAAAGAAGGCUGAAAUAGGUAUUGCCAUGGGCUCCGGCACAGCUGUGGCCAAGACCGCCUCUGAGAUGGUGCUGGCCGAUGACAACUUUUCCACCAUUGUAGCUGCAGUCGAGGAAGGCAGAGCCAUUUAUAACAACAUGAAACAGUUCAUCAGAUACCUCAUCUCUUCAAAUGUGGGCGAAGUUGUCUGCAUCUUCCUGACUGCAGCUCUGGGCUUCCCUGAAGCCCUGAUCCCCGUUCAGCUGCUCUGGGUCAACCUGGUGACCGAUGGCUUGCCUGCCACUGCUUUGGGCUUCAACCCACCAGACUUGGACAUCAUGAGCAAACCACCUCGCAACGCCCGCGAGCCUCUCAUCUCUGGAUGGCUCUUCUUCAGAUAUCUAGCCAUUGGAUGUUAUGUGGGUGCUGCCACUGUUGGUGCUGCUGCCUGGUGGUUUGUUGCUGCUGAGGACGGUCCAAGGAUCACCUUUUACCAGCUGAGCCACUUCCUACAGUGCGGUCCAGGGAAUCCAGACUUUGAGGGUCUGGACUGUAAGGUGUUUGAGUCCCCUUACCCCAUGACCAUGGCCCUGUCUGUGCUGGUCACCAUUGAGAUGUGCAAUGCCCUAAACAGUGUGUCAGAGAACCAGUCCCUGCUGAGGAUGCCCCCCUGGGAGAACGUAUGGCUGCUGGGAGCCAUCUGCCUCUCCAUGUCCCUUCACUUCCUCAUCCUCUAUGUGGAGCCUCUUCCAGUCAUCUUCCAGAUCACCCCUCUGAAUCUGACACAGUGGCUGAUGGUGCUCAAGAUCUCACUGCCUGUCAUUCUACUUGACGAGAUGCUCAAGUUUGCGGCCAGGAACUACCUGGAGCCCGGUAAAGAACUGGAGAAGCCUGCAGGCUCCAAAGGCUGCUGCUUAUCUGCAUGUAUGGAGGGCAUCUCCUGGCCCUUCGUGGCCGUUUCCCUCCCCCUGGUCCUCUGGAUCUACAGCUCCGACACUAACAUGGCCGACAUGUUCUGGUCCUGACUGACUUGAGCACAACCUCGACUUUUCCAUUUUCUUCCCCCUCCCCUCCCCGCCCCCACCACCAUCACUUCCCUCUGUCCUGUCCCUCUUCCCUCUCUUCCUUCCUACAUGUGCAUAGCUUGCGUGUGCGCGUGUUUGUAGAGUUAGUGUGUGUACUUGUGCGUGCCUACCGUGUGUGUACGAGAAGGACCACCUUUAACCCAUGAAACGUAACAUGUAAUUUAAAUUGUUAACAUUGAGAAGUCACCUGGUUUGAGUUGGGAUAGAAUUUUUGAAUGGGUGAGGCUUUAAAUGCGAGUGUUCGAAGACCAUCACUCCCGUAGCUGUGGACUUUGUUGCUGGUUUAAGAGAAAAUAUACUGAUGCCAGUUUUUUUUUUAUUAUUAUUAUUGUCAAUAUUACCUUUAAGGUUUAUAUUUUUAAUAAUUUUGGGAAUAUCAGUUGUCUUAUGUCACUACAGUAACAACAGAAUUGUUUUGUUUAGCUUCCCUCUUCACAAGAAGACAAUUAAGAUAUCAGAAAUCCAUUGAUCUGUACAGAGAAUGAAUUUUUAUGCAACUUUUUUUUUUAUGGCUUUGUCAAUUGUAGGACCAGCGUGGCUUAGACAUACCGCCUUCAUUUAUUUUCUCAUGUUUACCAUUGUGUCUUCAGUAUAAACUCAGAACUCUUUCAGAGAGGACAAGCUCCGUGUGGCAGCCGAGGACGGGGAAGGUUUGGAGUGAACGUUUGAAUGCUCCGCUUAAACAAAAAAAAUCUUGAAAAACAAAAACCGCAUGUCCUGUGACCAAGCAUGAACUGUAUGUGGUUCCUCAUUUCUAAUUUAAUUGUGUAUGUCCCCCUCCCCAUGUUAGAUUAUAAAUCAACCUCAUGGAUGUUUUUUUUUUUUUUACGGUAAUGAUUUCAAAAUAAGCCAGUUUUUCUGCACUGGGCAGAGCACAGCUACCUCAACAUGAUAAAACAAUAUUUUUUUGCUCAUCUCUAGAUGCUUUUCCUAAAGCUAAACCGCAACAUCCGAGGUGUGCCCCUAUUUGCUUGUGCAGAAAAAAAAAAGAACAAAAAAUUUCCUUCCCUCUUAACAUUUUUAAGGAUAUAUUUUGUUUGUAUUGAUUAUUUGACUUUCAUUAACUUUAUUUGUAUUUUGCUUUGGAUAUAGAACUGAGUGGGGAUGAUGUAUGUUAAUUAACAUCUCCAUGGUGUUUGAUUCAAAGGACAGUAAUAAUAAAAUCCUAAGAAAUACUAAUUCAGAAAGUACUCCAAAUGAACUUGGAUUGCAAAUAUGAACCCAAAAUGUUGUUUUUUACUUCAAGGAAAAAUACACUCAUGAACCUUUGAAUCAAAGUGUUUUCUGUCUUUAUUUAAUACGAUUGAGGCCAAUGGUUAUCGACAUUUUUCAUAUCCAGUGUUUUUGUGUGUGUGUGUGCAUAUAAUACUUGAAUUUAAAUCAUGUCAGACAUAUGAAUGCUUCAGUGUCCUUGGCACAAAGUGACGGGCAGGAGAGACAACACAGAAGCAGAUCUUGUGUAUAUUUGAUUCUUACAGGCUUUAAUAUUUAGAGGUCUUAGUUUGUGCUGGGCUUACUACAUUUUGUGGUGAUGUAUAAAUGGUGGAUCCGAGCCCAUACAAUCAACUGCACUAAUCUUAGACGAUUUAGUCAUUAUUUUGUGUGGAAACUUACACGUGAGAAAUUUUAAGCAUGUUUUUUGAGUAGAAGCCUGGGUUUGUUCGCACUGUGUGUUUGUGUUCCACUUAACAACUGUGUGCUUUUCUUCCUCAAUGCCUUCCAUUGGCUCCCCUGUCACUAGAGUUGGCUCUCAUAAAAGCUUCGCACAUUUUAAGAGUGGGCUCAGAGGCUGGAGGAGUCCUACUAUCCAGCUUGUGUGCUCACUCUAACUCCACACACCUCAGACACCAUGAUGACCAGCAGUGUGUGUGUACUCUUGCACAGACAAAAAGGACAUGUUUUCACAGUAAUAAGACCAAAUGCAUAUGUAAAAGUGGUUGGGCUGGAAACACAUUUCCCUUUGCCCCCAUGCAACACAACACACAACCACGCACACACACACACACACUUCUUAACACACUUAUACCUCUGUGUGCAGACGCUAUAUCUAUUCCAGUUUCGUGUGCAGGAAAGUUUUCAACACCCUCAACGUUCCUUCUUGCAUGAAGAACUUGUUUCCAACUUCCAUGGUAGCUUGUCACGUAGAGAAUCUUUAAAACACUGGGUUGAAUGGUCUUAGCUGUACAGCAGUGUACAAAACAUUCAUGCAUGCAUUCCAGCUGUAUGUAGGCUUUGCAAUUUGUAUUUAUAGAUUCUAAUGUAUAAUACUCAAAUGACAUAUUAAGAUGGUUUUAAGAUGGAUUUAUCAUAGAUAUGUAAAUCACUGUUUUUAUUGUAACGGUUUGGGUAAUUUGCACAAUAUUAGACAUGGAGAAAUGACUCAUGCUGAACUUGACUUUGCUCUACUUGAGUUUUUUUAACUUAAAUUUUGUUUCCCUUUGACAACUACUGUAGGCCGAUCACUGCUACAUUUACUGUCCGAUUUAGCAGUCCUUUACAAUGAGGACUAACACUUUGAUUCAUAGGUAAUCCUGCAAUACAACAGUGUUCUUCUGUUUUUCUUAUUGCCUCUGCAUUACUAUUCUUCUUCUUAUCAUCAUGUAUCUUUAUCAACUGCUGUAAAACUGUGAUCUAAUGUGAGGGGGCCCACGCGGUCCCCUCAGCGACACCUGGUCGAAGAACAAUAUUAACAUGUAAAAAGACGAUCAUUAUUGAUGACUAAUAAUGGUUGUACAUGCAUUACUGAGGUUGUGGUUUCAGGUAAAUAAAACAAUAUAGUAUUUGAA